AUGACCAGAGCUUUCAAUUUUCUGCUUGGCUUGACUUUGUUCGCCUUGGCUAACUUUGGUAAAGUUCUAGCGGUGUUUGAUGACGAGGUUGAUGCCAUAGAUUGGCAUCUGGACAACAUUGGGAAUUACGAAUAUGUCACUUCUACUGAGUCUCAAGAUGACCACAAUCAACUCGUGAUAGUUUCAUCGUUAGGAAAUAAUUCCUUGCUGACAUGGGUCAAUAGUACAGAUGGGAAAGUCUUGGACAGACUUCCCUUAGAUAUUUACGCAUCAGACGCAGCUACAAGCGGUCCUAAUGAGCUGGUACUGCGUAACAGCGCGGGAGAGGAAAUCACCAUAGAUCUUCUUACUGGCACAGAAAUUAAAGGUAGUGAAACCAUCAUCUCUCGUGCUCUUUCCCCCUGCCGUCCCGAUACGUCUUUAACUCAGCUCAUCGGCAGAAAACUAAAAGUUCUUGACGAUGAAAAACAGCAAGUAGUUUUCUUGUAUGAAUCACCCGAUGACAUCAAGGAGUUGGUAUUUUUCAACAAGCGCAACGACGGAGAUUAUGAGAUUAUCAUCUCUACAGAUUCUGGGAAGUUUCACUUUUUGAGAAUUGUCAAUUACGAACUAUCGCAGAGCUGGAUCAGAGACGAAUCCAUAGCAAAUAUCAAGGCAUUUGCUUUCGUUUCCGCGAAAGACCCUCUAAGUGCCAAGAUUUUUGCCGAAGUUUCACAGGAGGAUUCCUUAGGGUUUCUAGAGGCUUAUAUUUAUCGGUUACAACAAACUCUACAGCGCCUGGUUAGCUACCUGGCUGGAAAGAAUUUUUCUGUGGGUAGAAUCGUCAAAGAAAUACUUUUUGGCGAAGAUGAUGCGGCCACUUCUCGCCAAAAAGAUAUAAGUUUUGGUUUGCUGAAGUACUUGAUUGUGGCAACAGACAAGGGAAAGAUUGUUAAUCUCGACGCGCGCUCAGGAAAAGAAGUUUGGUUUAUUGAGACCCAUCUGGAGGAUAUUUCGAAAAUGGAGGUAACGAAGUUCGGUACUGAAUUGUUGGUCUUCACGAAAAGCGGCAUUUCCUUACUUUUCGAAAUUAGCGCUAUUGAAAAACAGCCGUUUUUAUUAAGCAAAUCUAGACUACCAGCGAAUGUCUUUGCAGAGCCGUUCGCAGAUGGCGAUUUUGUCUACUUGGAACUUGAGGAUCACUCAAAAGUAGUUCUGAACAGCUCAACUAGAGCUAGCGAAGAUACCUAUCUUCUCUUCCAUGAUGAUACUCAUUUAAGUGCAUCUUUGUACCAUAACGAUGUAUUGGAGGAUACGUGGAGUAUCGAUCUGGACAAAAACGAAAAAGUUUUGGCUUUCGCAGAUAGAGACCAGAGCCCUGUGGUGAGUUUGGGCAGUAUUUUGGGGAAUAGAACGGUACUUUACAAGUAUCUUUAUCCGUAUCUCGCGGCUUACAUCACAGGUGACUUUACCACGAACACCAUGACUCUAAGAGUUGUUGACAUAGUCACAGGAGAAAUUGUACACUCCGUGUACCACAAUGAUGGGGUCGAUCUCCAAUCAUCGAUCAACUUGGUGGUUGGCGAAAACUGGGUCAUCUAUACCUAUUUCAGCAACGACCCUCUUCCAGAACAAAAAAUUGGAGUUCUUGAGUUUUACGAAUCUCUAACGCCUAACGUAAGAUUAAGCAACGAAUCGGUGACAGUUGAUCCUUUAUCAAAUGGUUUGAAGCCAGAGGUUGUACAGAAAGCUUACAUCUAUCCAGAAGCCAUCAAAAACUUGGCUCUCACGAGGACCAAGUUUGGUAUUACGAUACGAUCUGUGAUACUUGAACUCGAGAACGGACAGAUCACUUCUCUUCCAAAAUAUAUUUUGAACGCCAGAAGAGUUGAGGAGGCAUUGAUGUCGGCCGACGACAAAAAAGAGUUCCUGAACUCUCCUUACGUCAGUGCAAUUCCAAUUAGCGAUUUUACAAUACUAACGCACCAUAGGCGAGUACUCUCUGGACCAAGCUCUCACCUCACUUCUGUUCCCACAAAUCUGGAGUCGACCAGUAUUGUUUGCAGUCUGGGUCACGACCUGUUUUGCACAAGAGUGUCGCCAUCGUCUCAGUUUGAUAAAUUGAAACCCAGCUUCCAAAAGGGUCAAUUGAUAGCAACUGUUGUUGGACUUUUUGUGUUGUGCUUUUUCAUCAGACCCAUGGUCGACACCAAAAAGCUUAAGACCAAAUGGCUUGUGAAAGGCUAA